AUGACUCCCCUUCUGGAGGCGGGGAGGCUCUGGGGGGUGCAGAAGCCUGUGUGGGGACUGAGGGCCACCGAGGACCUGCUAGCCCCUGGCGUCCCCGGCUGUCCAUUUAAUAGGAUACGGGAGGGGAGCGUGGAGCUGCCCACCCUGAUGCCCAAAGCUGGUGCCUGGAGCACCCAGCACCCACUGUGGGGACACAGCGGCGGGCCCUUCCUGCAGCCUCGGCUUCCUCUCCUGCAGCAGCUGCGGGCCAGCUCUCUGUGCCUGGGGCUGAGGGCCUUCAGGGGAGCUGCUUGGGCAGCUUUUCCGGGGCGGAUCAGCGUCCGGAAGGUGCCCGUCUGCCCCCGGGCGGCGAGGUCACGGGCCGUGGGGCCUGGCCUCCUCCCGGGCCCACCGGGGCCUGGCCUCUGCGUCUCCGGCCACGAGCUGUCAGGGCCCAGCUCUGCUCAGGAGCCUCUGUUUCUAGGUCAGCCCCCACCAGCGGCUCCAGGGCUGGGGCUGGGGCGGGGACCAGCCGUGCCUGGCUCCUCGUGGCAAGCCCUGGACCCGCCACCUCUGUUCCGUGGGGCUCGGCCUCCCCAGCAGGGGGCUGGGGCAGUGUGGCCGUCAGGGACUCCGCAGGAAUUCAGUGACACGGCCCACGCAGCCGUUGGAGCCCGCGGGGCCCCUCUGCGGGCCGGCCGCACUCUCAGGGCUGGGCACCCCGGCUGGAGGUGUGUCUGGCUCAGCCACUAA